AAGCCGGCUGUAUUGUGUUGAGGGAUUCCGAAAUGUAUGCGCGGCGUUCUCUCGCUAGAAUUUUUGGGAGACCAAUCGCUGCUCGGCGAUGGGAGCUUCCUUGCCGUUUUUUUUUUUUCUGCAUAUGAAUUCACCAGCUUCCCAAUGGGGCGGCUGGCGUUCAAGCCCGGCCCUCACGCCGAGCCAACCAGAAUGGAGAGGGAGAGAGGAGAGGUAAGAUCAUGCGGGUUGCUUUUCAACCGGUGAAAAACACAUCGUUCAAGUAACCAGAAUGGAAGGCACCUUUUGGAUUCUCUUUGGGACCGUGGCUUUGGUGACCGGCGCUCUCAUUCCAGAACCAGAAGUCAAGAUCGACGUCCUUCAUAAACCUUUCAUUUGCAGAAGGAAGACCAAGUUUGGAGACAUGAUGUUGGUGCACUAUGAGGGAUAUUUAAAGAAAGAUGGCUCACUCUUUCAUUCCACCCACAAGCAUAACAAUGGCCAACCAACAUGGUUUACUCUUGGUAUAAAGGAAGUUAUCCAAGGCUGGGAUAAAGGUUUGACACAGAUGUGUGUAGGAGAGAAACGCAAAUUAACAGUUCCUCCAUCCCUGGGUUAUGGAAAAGAAGGGAAAGGAAAAAUUCCACCUGAAAGCACACUGAUCUUCAACAUUGACCUUUUAGAAAUCAGAAAUGGACCAAGAUCGCAUGAGUCCUUUCAAGAGAUGGAUCUUAAUGAUGAUUGGAAGCUAUCGAAAGAAGAGGUAAAAAUGUAUUUGGAGAAGGAAUUUGAAAGACAUGGUGCGCCAAUUAAUGCAAGUCACCACAAUACUUUGGUUGAGGACAUAUUUAAUAAAGAAGAUGAGGACAGUGAUGGCUUUAUAUCUGCAAGAGAAUUUGUUUACAAGCAUGAUGAGCUAUGAAGUGCUCUGAAAUAAUUGAAAUGCAAGAAAAGCAACAACUUGUGAAACUGACAUUUUUUUCCCCUUUUGGUUUUGGAGCUAUGUUACUCAUCAGUGUGUGCAUAAAUUACAAUGCCUAUUUUUCUACAAAAGGUAUUUCUGAUACCAAAUGUUACAGUGUUUAGAUAUAGGACUGAAAUAUUUUAAGGUUUUUAUUCAGAUGGAAGCAUUAUUGUGUAUUUAAGAACUAAACCAUUUCCAACAAUAAAUAUUACUGAAAAUACA